AUGCCGAAUAGCAAGCCCGGUUCCGUUGAGGUCGGCGCUGCCACCAAUGGCGAGUCCGCCGUCCGCCGUUCGUGGAUCCAUCCCGACAGCCUUGUGGACCGACCGGCCGAGGGCAUUAAUAUCAUCCACGAUGUCCUCCAAUACGCUGCGCGCACCCACGGCUCGAAACAGGCCAUCGGAUGGCGCAACAUUGAGAAGAUUGUCGAGGAAGAGAAGGAAGUUACCAAGAACGUUGGCGGCAAGCAGGUCACCGAGAAGAAAGUAUGGAAGUAUUUCCAGCUUUCAGAUUACCAGUACUGGUCCUUUGUCGAGUUCCGCGACUACUGCAUGGAGGCUGCUCGUGGUCUCGUCGUGUUGGGAGUCGAAAAGGGCAAGGUGUUCAAUAUUUACGCGCAGACUUCGGUGAAUUGGCAAAUGAUGGGUCAUGCAUGCGCGGCGAUUGGCACGCCUAUCGCUACAGCUUAUGACACCCUUGGUGAAUCAGGCCUACAGCACUCGCUCGAUGAGCCUGAAUGCCAGGGUGUAUUCACCAACGCCGACUUGCUCCCUACGCUCCUAGGUGUUUUGCCCAAGACGCCCACCGUGAAAUUGGUUGUCUAUGACGGCAAACCCAGCGACAAGGUUCUCGAAGACAUCAAGGCAGUUCGCGAGGGCUUGACCGUCCUCCACUUGGAUGACGUCCGCGCCAAGGGUCGCGAGAACCCGGAUGUGGAUACCAAGUCCCGUCUACCCACCUCGGAAGACACCGCAUGCAUCAUGUACACCUCUGGAUCGACUGGCGCGCCCAAGGGUGUCGUCUUGAGCCACGGAAAUCUCAUCGCGUCCCUCGGAGCCAUCAAGACGCUCCUUGGACACCACCUCAAGCCCGAUGAUGCUUUCCUCGCAUACCUUCCGCUCGCUCACAUUCUCGAAUACAUUGUCGAACUCGCUCUGUUCUUUGUUGGAAUGACCACCGGAUACGGGCGCGUCAAGACCUUGACUGACGCGUCUGUUCGAAACUGCCUGGGCGACAUUCGCGCCUUCCGUCCGACGAUCAUGGUUGGUGUUCCUGCCGUUUGGGAGACUAUUCGCAAGGGUAUCAUGGGCAAGGUCAAUGCUUCAGGAGGACUCAAGAAGAGUGUGUUCAUGGGCAGUAUGUCCAUCAAGAAGGCUGGCGUUCCUGGCCUUACCCAAGCCGUCGACUCGCUCGUAUUCAACCAAGUCAAGCAACAGACUGGAGGUCGUCUCCGCCUGACGCUCAGUGGUGGUGCCGCGCUCUCUCGCGAGACUCAAGAGUUCUUGUCCUUGGCUCUCGUUACUGUCCUUCAAGGAUACGGAAUGACCGAGUCGUGUGGAAUGUGUGCUAUCCUUCCUCCCGAGUACAUGUCCUACGGCCCCGUUGGUGUUCCCGUCCCAUCGAUUGAAAUUAAGUUACUCGAUCAUCCCGAAGCCGGAUAUCUCUCGACCAAUGAUCUCCCGCAGGGUGAGAUCCUUAUUCGUGGCCCUUCGGUGACCAAGGGUUACUUCAAACGUGAUGAUCUCAAUAACGACAAGGAGAUCUUUGCUGGCGACGGUUGGUUCAGGACCGGCGAUGUCGGCCAAUGGAACAAGGAUGGCACACUAAGCAUCAUUGAUCGUAUCAAGAACUUGGUCAAGCUGCAGGGUGGAGAGUACAUUGCACUGGAGCGCCUCGAGUCGACCUACAAGUCUUGCGACCUCGUAGCCAAUAUCUGCGUUCAUGCCGUUCCGGACGCGAAGCAGCCCAUGGCCCUGAUCUACCCACACGAAUCUAAUCUCCGCCACUUCCUCCAGUCGGCCAACCUCCCUAAUGUUGACUCCUCUGCCGACCUCACAACUCUCUGUCACAACAAGGCAGUCGCCGAGGCCGUGCUCAAGCAGUGCAACGUAGUCGGAAAGAAGGCCGGUUUCAAGCCUUUGGAGAUCUUGGAGGCCGUUGUCCUCACGCCUGAAGAAUGGACACCCGAGAACGAGCUCGUUACUGCUGCGCAGAAGAUUCAGAGGAAGAAGAUUGCACAGAAGUACGACAAGGAGAUUAAGGAGGUAUACAAGGAGGCCCAGUAA